ACAUUGUUUUCUUCCGGGACGCUGCUGUCACCAAAAAUGGCUUCUCUUGACAGAGUAAAAGUAUUAGUUUUAGGGGAUUCCGGGGUGGGCAAAUCUUCCUUGGUCCAUCUUUUAUGUCAAAAUCAGGUUUUAGGUAAUCCAUCAUGGACUGUUGGUUGCUCUGUGGAUGUAAGGGUUCAAGACUAUAAGGAGGGAACCCCAGAGGAGAAAACCUACUACAUUGAACUCUGGGAUGUAGGAGGAUCUGUGGGCAGUGCCAGCAGUGUCAAAAGCACCAGAGCGGUCUUCUACAAUUCAGUUAAUGGAAUUAUAUUGGUACAUGAUUUGACAAACAAGAAAUCCUCUCAGAAUCUUUACCGCUGGUCACUAGAAGCUUUGAACAAGGAUUCCUCUCCAACAGGAGUCAUUGUCUCAAACGGUGACUAUGAUAGAGAGCAGUUUGCUGAGAACCCGGUGCCUUUGCUGCUAAUUGGUACCAAGUUCGACCAGAUCCCAGAGAACAAACGAAAUGAAGUCCUCACCCGAACAGCCUUCCUGUCUGAAGACUUCAAUGCAGAGGAGAUCAAUCUUGACUGCACUAACCCGAGAUACCUUGCUGCAGGUACAUCAAAUGCAGUGAAGCUUAGCAGAUUCUUUGACAAGGUAAUAGAGAAGAGAUAUUUCACAAGAGAUCCAAGUCAGAUGACGGGUUUCACAGACAGAAAACGGUUCAACUUCAAAAGUUUGCACUAUGACUGACGAGCCACGAGCUACAGCCGUGGUCUGGGGUUUGGUCUUAAUGUGCCUGGGCUUUCACACCACAACCAUCACACUCACUAUCUGUCCCCCCUCUGUCCACCGGUAUUCUAUGAAGACUCAAACCUAUGCCGUAAAAGAUAGAAUUUUUAGUUUUAAGCAAACGUUGAUAUAGUUGACAAAACUUGCACAAGAAUUUUGUAAGAAAAUGUAAGAAAUGAAGCUUAUUGGCUCAUGUAAC